AAAUAAAAAGUCUAUCAAAACCCUUCUAAAACCCCAAACCCUUCAGUCCCAUCUUUAGCUCUCUACCAAAACCAAUGUCUCCUCUUCGUUUCAUCUUCAUUUCACUCCCAAAGCCCCGCCCUCACUCCCACCACCACUGCCGAACCUUCAUCGACGGCACCGCCAUCAGAUGGGUCCGAGACCGCGGCCUCGACCACGCCGUCGAGAGGGAGAAGAAUCUUAUACCCAUGAUCAAACUCAAGAACUUAAUCAAAUUAGAGCCCUCCAAGUCCCUCCCAGCCUCCAUUAUCGCCGAAAAAAGGGACUCCCUGAAGAUACCCAUCCGCCCCAUUGAGUUCGUCCGCAAGUACCCCGCGAUUUUCCAGGAGUUCCUCCCUGGCGGCACUGGAUUCCAACCCCAUAUCCGGCUCACGCCCGAAGUCCUCGACAUCGACGUUGAAGAGCAGUUUAUGUAUCAGAGCGAGAGUUACAAGCAGCAGGUUGCUGAUCGGCUCUUGAAGCUCCUGAUGCUAUGUAGAACCAACAAACUGCCGUUAACCCUCGUCGAGCGCCUGAAAUGGGAUCUGGGUCUUCCUCAAGAUUAUCAGCGGAGCUUAAUCCCUGAGUUCCCGGACUACUUUCGAAUUGGAGUUUCCAAAGAUUGCUCAUCUGGGCCAUUUUUGGAGCUCGUUUGCUGGAUUAGUGAAAUGGGGACUUCGGUUAUGGAGAAGAAGGUAAUGAGUUGCAAUUCGGGUUAUUCGAAAGGGAUGCCUAUUGCCUUCCCUAUGCAUUUAUCUAGAGGUUUUGAAAUGGAUAAGAAGAUGAAAAAGUGGGAAGACGAUUGGCAGAAGUUGCCUUAUGUUUCUCCAUAUGAAAAUGCAACUCAUCUUCCUCCUAAGGAUGAUGAUUCUGAUAAGUGGGCAGUUGCGGUUUUGCACGAGUUUCUGCAUGUUUUGGUUCCGAAGAAGACAGAGAGGGACAAUGUCUUGUGCUUUGGAGGGUAUUUGGGUAUAAGAUCAAGGUUUAAGAGGGCACUUCUUUAUCAUCCAGGUAUAUUCUAUAUGUCAAGUAAGAAUGAGACUUAUACUGUGGUUUUAAAGGAGGGUUAUAAGAGAGGUUUGUUAAUUGAGAAUCAUCCAUUGAUGAACAUGAGAAGUAAGUACAUUCAUCUUAUGAACACUUUGAAAGAAGAUAGUAAACCCAUAAAUGUGCCUGGUGGAAGUGGAAGUGCUAAAAAGCAGAAGCUGAAGCAGACAACUUCUGAUUCCAAAGGAGAAGGGGACAAAGAGGAGGAAGAAAGCAAAGAGGAGGAUGGAAGCGAGGAAGAAAAUGAAGGGGAGUUGUAUGAUUCAUCCGCUGCCGAAGAGGAUGAUGAUGUUGAUGCCAGUAAGCAAGGUGUAGAAGAAGCUGUUGCAAAUAGUAGAGGAAGAACAAGGAAACCAUAUUUGGAUGGGAAAGGGCGUGGCCGAAAUUCCCAAAGGAGGUCAGCUGGAAAACAUUCUGGCAGGACUAGAGAAAGAUCUUCGUCCCAAAUUUCUCUAAGAACUGAAAAGCAUGGUAGAAGUUCGAGAGGGAGAUCAAAUCUUACUAAUAGCAGGGGAAGGUCAAUGCCAAACAAUACUCCUAGUUAGUUGAGAUUCAGCUAUUUUGCUGUAAGAGUAUAUACACAGGUUGGUAACCAUAUUAUCAAGAGGAUUCAUCUCCAUGUGGAGCAUGUGCAGCUCUCAAGGUGCACAAAGGAAGGCGAAGAAUGACUGCUGAAGAGCGAAGCAAAUGCAAGAGGUGAGGUUAUUAGGAUUAGCACCACCAGUAGGCAGCUCCUAAACCAUGUUUCUGGGAGGAAUGUGUAGUCGAAACGAACACACACGCCAAUGUUGCAAAGAUUAUCGACAGUGGUUUGUUCUUGUCUUGUUUUCCAACAACUGAUGGACUGGAUUGCAAUAUGUGGAUGUGCUGUUUCCUUCAUUACUCAUUCAACUUCUGAGGGUUGUAAGUUCUCAGUUAUUGUCAUUUUUUUAUAUUUUAAAAUACUAUUCUAACUGCAAUUUUGCUGUAAUUUUGUCUGAUUCUGUCUGUUAAAUCCUUUGCUUGUUUCAAUGCGUAUCUUGCUGUUGUAUAAUUACAAAAGUGCCAGGUUUUUUUACCACAAAGCAGUUUUUUUGUCUAUAUAUGGCUAAUGGAUUAGAGGUUACUUGUUAUUGUUAAGAUUUUAGGUAUGUAUUUCUUUAUUGUCUGUAAGUCUAAGCUAUUCUGUUCAA